AGCAGCAGCAGCAGCGUGGGAGACCAGGGGUACCAGGGGGACCAGGGGGCCCAAGGGAGACCAAGGCGGUCCCAGGGGGACCAGGGGGACCAGGCGCCCCGUGCUGCUACCAGGACCCGGGUUCGACUGCAGGAACCUCCAGCUUGCAGGCCCUCGCGUUGUCCGAGCCGCGGCCAAGUUUCAUGAGCCGGCAUCGAUGUGAGGGGUCAAGCGGAAGCCGCUUCAGCCGACGACGCUGCCGGGGACGAUGUCCGUCUGCGACUCCUUCACGGAGCAUGCCUGGAUCAAAGGGAAGUGCCAGGACUGCUUCAGGCCUCGGGACCAGCACAGAGGAAUGCCCGCGAACCAGGCGGCCGGCGGCGGCCACGCGGCUCCGGCGAACGCGGAGAAGACGAGACCUCCCGUGGCCAAAAAGCCGGCGUCCUUCAGAGCCCCGGCGGCGCCGGCUCAGGUGGGGAACGGCGACGGAGAGGUCGGGAGAGAUGCCCGGCAGGCUGAGGGGGGACGCGGCGCGCACGCCUUGACGGGGUGGAGGAAGGGCGCCGACGACGGCGCGCUUGACCGAAAGAGAAGCAACAACAACCAUCAUCAUUUUGGCAUCAGGCACGCGAGGUUCGAAUGCAAGGAGGCGGCGGCGGCGGACUUCGGCUCUGCGUGCGAUAAACUGGAGAACGGCAACAACAACGACAACGACGUGUUCGCCGACGCGGCGGUGCUUCCAAACCAGCACCUGGCCGCGGGAGACGCCGCGGGGGGCUGCGACAACAGCUCGCUGGCGCUGUUCCUCAACCGCAUCAGGAGCCGCUACCACCGAUCGGCGGAGCGCGGCGCGGUGGCCGCGCACGGCUGCCUGGCGAGCGAUCGGAAGGUCUGGCGGCCGAGAAAGCGCGUCCGCCUAGGCGAAGGGGGCCCCGAGGUGAUCAGCCACGAGGGAGGCGUCUUCUGCUACGCCGACUCUGAGGCCUCGUCCGGGUCGCCCGAGGAGGCCGCCAGAACGGGAGGCGUCGCGGCGGCGCGAGAGGAAGGCCGGGAGAGCUGGGACGAGAGCGACGAGGAGCUCCUGGCCAUCGAGAUGAGGAUGCGGGACCGUUCGCGCUUCGCCGAGCUCAGGCCCAACAGCCUCUCGCCCGUCCACUUCGGGAGACACGGCGGCCGCGCCACGCGGCCCCGGAACCCGGUCCUCCGGCGCGACCGCCCGCACGGGCGCGACGACCGCCCGGAGGCCGAGCGCGACGCGGCCGGCGGCGCCAACGCGAAUGCCGACCCCUCGGAGGGCAAGGCCUCCUAUGUGAGCAGCUCCGAAGACCUGGAGACGCCGUCGCCCGUGAGCGCGGGGGCGCUCUGCCCUCGCCAGGAGUCGACCUCGCAGGGCCUGGACUCGCAGGGCAACACGAGCGUGAGCAGCGACGACGGCAACGUCGCCGACGCCGAGGCCGAGUUGCGCGACGCGAGCGAGCGCUUCGACGUGGAGGACGCCGCCGAGAGCCGGCGCCGCCAAGGGCCGCGGAAAUCGACGCCGUCCGAGACCGACUCGGAGAGCGCGGCGGCGGAGCCGGGGGGCGCCGGGCCGGCGGGCGACAAGAGGACGUUUCGGACUCGCGUAUCCGUGUCGCUCGGGGCCGUCGAGAGGAACGCGAAACCGUGUCGGGUGGUGAACCUGGACCCGGCGCCCGCCGCGUGCGACUCGGGUCCAGGGCCGGACGAGGUUUCCGCGAAGCCGCGACAGGCCGAGCCGAUGGAGGGCCGCGAGCAGCCGCAUCGACCGCAGCAGCAGCAGCAGCAGCAGCAGCAGCACCACGUGGAGCUCCGGUGCGGUGCUCAGCUCGACGUCGCUGCCACGAGGUCCGCGGCGGCGGCGCAGGAACCGUUAACCACGGGGGAGAAGCGGCUCAAUCACGCCGCCAACCUCCUGUUCACGCUGAGCGCCGUGCCCCACACCCCCGUGUACGCCCAGAGCACGAGGAGUAAAACAUUCAUUCCGCCCACGGCCGCUCACGAGGAAAACAACAACAACAACUACUACGUGACUCCCGCGCCGCCAACGUCGGAGUCUCAGGCGUCGCGCCCCCAGCGCAAGGACUCCCCCGGAGAGCGCCCGGGUCGCGAGCACGCGCAGCCGCACGGGAGGCUUGGAGGCGGCGGGAAUGCCUCCCCCGCGAUCUUCGCUCCGAACGCCGCCUCGCCACGGAUCGGCGGCCCUGCCGUGAAAACCACGACGGCCGCGACGCCAUCGGGGCUCUGCCGGGGCUCCCCGCCGAAGCACAAAACGUUCUUGUAUGUCGAGGGAGCGGGAGGAGACCCGCGGAACGCCUGCCGCGGCUCGGUGGCCACUAGUGAAAGGAUCGAGAGGUCGGAGGAGGGACUGCUCAACGCAAACGCCGCCCCGCAUCACGCGGAGGACAGGGGAGACGCCAGCGCCGCGCUGUCUCAGCUCGUCGCUUCUAUCAAACCUCCCAACCUCCCUCCCGAAUUGCCGAAGAAACGGUUCAAAGGCCGGACCGCGGGCGACGAGGCGAAACUCGAGGUGUUGCCGCCCCCGCAGUACCGCGACAUGAAGAGGGACGUCUCCUCGGACGGCCGGGCCGCAGGGAGCGACGGACGCCACGGGACGUCUCCCGGUGGCUUCGUGGACCCCGACGCCGCGGACGAAAAGCUGCGGCCGCCCCUCUUAAGACAAGGGGGCGUCGUGGUACCGGGGCCCUCUGCCGGCCGGCCGCCGGCCACCCCCCCGCGGACGUCGCCGAAGUCCCGGAGCGAGGCGGAGGGCGGGGCCGACGCGCCGCCCCGGCCGCCCCCCCGCACGAGUUCGUCCUCGGGGCCUCGCCCCGAGCCGCCGCCUCUCCUCCCCGAGUCGAGCACGAGCCGGACCCCUUCGCCCGGCCGCGCGACGGAGACCGGCGACGUUCCCGGCGCCCCCGCGCCGUCGCCGCAGCAACGGCAGAGCGUGCGGCGCAAGUCCAGCCACUGGGAAGUUGUGCGGAAUUUAUUUCCGUGGAAAAAGCAGCAGGAUGGGCGGCCGGAGAAGAGCGGCGAUCGCCGGAACGGCGCCGCCCCCCCGCGUGAGGACGAGCGACCCGACCCGGAGCGGCCGAGCGGCGGCGGCGUCGGCGUCGUCGUCGAGCUCGACGCCGGCGAGAGGCCGGCGGCCGCCCUGCUCUACAAGCAGGACUACCCGCGGUUCAUCAACCCCGCUCUCGGAAAUGGCUCCGGGGCAGCAGCCCAGAACUCGAGCAGGUCUCCAAAAUCCAAAAAGUCUUCCGGCUCGGUCGGCGAAGAACCGGAGCCGCGACCGAGGAAGCGGUCGGCGGGCGCGGAGCGCGGCGAGAAGAAGAGCCCGGCCCUCGGAGUCGCGCGGCAGACGGCGGCCAAGCGGCCUCCCGCGCAGGCCGGGGCGCCGAUCCCGGCGAGCGAGAGCAGCGUCAACUCGGAAGACGUCCGCAUGGACGAGAAGUCCGUCGCGAUCGCGCCGAGCCAGCCGACGAUGGGAAACCACGCCCGCGGGGAUCGCCCGGCGAGGAGGGAGACGCCGCCGACGCCGACGACGGAGACCGAGACGCCGCCGGACACGCGGGGCGCGCCGCCGCCCCCGUCGCGCGAAGCGUCGCCGCGCUCGCCUGCGCUGUGGCCUCCCGGCGGCCCCCUCGCGGCCGUCUACGGCAACGUCGGUCGGCUCCGGGCAGGAAUGGCCCCGGAGAAACACCCGCGUCCCCUGAGGGAGGCCUCCGAGGACGCCAUCGCGUUCGAGGGCCCGGCCGACGCGGACGGCCGGGCCGCCACUCCGGAGUUGGCCCCCCCGCCCCCCCUCCCCGCCAAGAGGAGCGGCAGCCGCGCCGGCUCCUCCGCGUCAGCGUCGCCGAGCGGGUUCGACGCCGGGCCCGACGCGUCCGCCCCCCGCGACCGGCGCGAGACGAAGGGCGAGGAAGGGGGGCACGAGGCGGCGGGGAGGGCGCAGCAGCAGCAGCAGCAGCAGGGCUUGAGCCACACGGACCCGCUGGGCCGCCGCGUGCCCAGGAAGGACAGGGGCGGGGGCGCGCAGCGGGGCCCGCGGCAGCAGCAGCUGUUCAAGUCGCACAGCGUGGAGUGCUCCCCGGUGCACGCGGCCUUCUCCGGCGACGCGACUCCCGAGCGCCGCGCGUCGCCGGCGUCGCGCGGGCAGCGGCCGCCGCGCUCCCUCGAGUCGACGUCGCAGGACUCGAUUCCCGAGAGCGACGACUCGCUCGCGGAUGGCGACGGCUCCCCGUUCCCCGCGCCGGCUCUCGACGCGGCCCACGCCUGCCGCGGUCCGCGGCAGCGGCCCGGCUCGAAGCCCGGCUCGGCCGACGGGGGGGGCGAGGCGGUCGCGCCGGCCGGCGGCGUCUACCGCAACAUCGAGAGCGCGGAGGCGGUGUCGGCGCGCAUCCUGAGCCUGCAGGCCGAGGCCACGCGCCGCCUCGCCGCGAAGUGCGAGCAGGUGUUCAUGCGCGGGUGCGCGGCACGCGUGGGGCUGCGCGAGGAGAGCUGGCCCGACUUCAAGCUGCGCAGCAACAAGCCGUGCUGCGAGGCCGGCGACGGCACCUACUACGCCGCCACGUACGCCAAGGACCCCGACCACGCCUACGCCAUCAAGGUGUGCAAGGGCCGCGCCGACGCCUCGCAGCGGCGGCGGCAGCAGCAGAGCGCGACGGUGACGCGCGGCGUGCCGGUGCACUACAACAUCCAGCAGGAGUGCGGCCACUUCGUCGCCGAGGUGCCGCCCUCGCUGCUGCCGCACGGCGAAGACGCCGACGGCGCCGACCCCGGCCGCCUGGUGGUGAUCGCGCGCGAGGCGCCGCACCGGACGCUGGCCGACCUGGUGAGGACCUCGGCGGAGGAGCACCGCGCCGAGCCCGAGCGCUACGAGCGCCUCGCGAGCCUGCUGCUGCUGCAGCUGUGCGCGGCGCUCGAGCACCUCAAGGUACACGGCGUCACGCACUGCGGCCUGCGCCUCGAGAACCUGCUGCUGGUGCGCAGCGGCCGGCCCGGCGACCCCACGCCUCGCCUCGUCCUCAGCAACUUCCUGCAGGCCAAGCAGCAGCAGCAGCAGCCCAAGAACCGGGCUCGCCACGACAGGGGCGAGACCGGCGCCGGCCCGCCGGGCGGGCCGGCGCCGCCGGAGCAGCUGCGCCUGGCUCCGGAGCUGCUGUCGGCGGCGCAGUACCGCAAGCUGGACGAGUUCCAGACCGGCAUCCUCAUCUACGAGAUGCUGCACCUGCCCAACCCGUUCGAGGACGACCCCGGCCUGCGCGCGUCCGGCUACUCCACCGACGACCUGCCGCCCUUCCUGCGCCUGUCCUGCUACUCGUCCGGGCUGCAGCGCCUCGCCUUCCAGCUGCUGCAGCCGGACCCCGCGUCACGCCUGCCCAUCGCGGAGGCCCGCGUCGCGCUGCAGCUGCUGGCGUGGGGGCCCCAGGCCGAGCACCUGACGAGGGAGCUGGGCGGCCCCCGGCUCGACGGCCGCCGGCUGCGGGAGGUGCUGCGGAACUGGCUGGACGUGCGGCGCGCCCUCCUCAUGGUGGUCUUCGCGGAGAAGGCGCUGGCGCAGGACGGGCCGGAGGGUGGCGGCGUCAAUCUGGAGGACUGGCUCCGCUGCCAGUUUUUCGCCUUCACGACGGUCGAUUGCAUGGCCCGCGCGGUGGAGCUGCUGCGGCUUUGCUAGGUUCGCUUUCGGUAAAGAAGCGGUUAUUUUUUGAGGGUGUGAGUGGGGGGUGAAAUUCAUUUCUAUUUUGUAUGAAGCUGCCGUGCUUGGUAAAUGCGGUGGAAAAUCGAAUUGUUUUACAUUUGAAGUUCGAAGAUAUGAUUGUAAUAAAGUACUCUUUUUAUCGAUGAACAUUUAAUCCUCAUCAACCGUCACUGGCGUUACAAACUCGGUGACGUCCCGAUGACGCGAACCGCGAAACUCGUCACGUCGGAGGGCGGAGGUCAACCGUCGUGUUGUGGUGCCGCGAUCGUCUCGGCGGGACGCCUUUCCGCCACUCGCCGUCGGCUCCGUCGCAGUAAUCGUCGUGGGAGAUCGUGGCUUCACAUUCGGUCAGUUAAUUUACAUCAAAUCGCCGCGUAAUUGUUGUCUGUUAUUUAUGGACACGGCUGGCUCCCGUUGAGAGCGGUUCUCUCACUGGGAGUGCGCUCGUUUCCUCCUGCUCCUCCGCCCGAGUCUUGUUCCUUGAGCCUCAUCGUAACCGUGAGGGUAGAGGCUAGCUGUUGGCCGGCUAUUGAUCAAUCGACAGCUUCUGUCUUGUCAAAAAAAACUUGACGAAUACUUUGCACUAUUUUGUACAAUAUUUGAGAUUUUGUAAAUGUUAUUUAAAUAAUAAUCUUUAUUUUGUAGGCAUUGAUUUGCCAUUGGGGUCUUGCCACUGAUAAAACGCAUCGCAUCUACUGUCCCGUGGCGUGGCAGGGAAAGUGCAGCCCCACGGCGCUGUCCCUGGCUCCAGCGGCGCCGUGUCCCGCUCGUGCGACGUGUCUCGCGACCCUGUAACGUUUGCUUCGAUUUUCCCAGAGUAAAGUGCGGCGUGUAUCACUCGCGCGCCCGGGGUCUCUUGUUUCCCGUUGUGCUCGCGUGCCGACUUCCCCUUUGACUCCGACGCGCGUCGCGGCCUCACUGCUCGUGGCAGAGGUUCACGGUUCAAAUCCAGCGGCUGCCCCUGGUCAGCGCUGUGGCGUCCGCGUCACAAGGGACGUUCAAGAUCCCGUGACGUCAUUCGCAAGAGCCGGCCAUUCGGUGCCGGCAUCGCGGUGCAAAUUUUUCCAAUUUGAAGAUGAGACCGCACAGCGACCCGACUGGGGUUCCCACACAGCAGUCGUCGCCCCCAACUUCAGCAUCCUCGUGAAAGAGGGACGAGACUCGGUGAGGUUCUGCUGAGUCAACGAGCGUAGUUGUACUUGUGUGGUGGUAACGAUAAUCUUGACGUAACCGAUGAUGCGACCACUGGAGCACGACUGAGUGAAGUGCGUGGAUGAGAGGCGAUGGUAGCCGAUGGCUCGGUCGUCUCGCUGUACCUGGUGAUCACAAUUGAGCCCAGUUGCUGUCGUAGUCAUGAUGAUGAUGUGGAUGUGCACAUCUGAGAGGGAGUCAUAAUAAUAAUAAUAGAGAGGGUCCUUGUCUAAGCAUCCAGAAGUUCACCAGCAUUGGUUUAAGCAACCCUGACUGAAUGUUAACACCAUUCGAGGGUUCGUUUUCUUGUUUGAACCAGUACUGCUGAGAAAGUGUCACUCCCAGA